CAGCCAAUGAUAGAAUGAUAAUCUACUAUUUACAAAGAGAAAGAACUUGUAUAUGGGUCAUAGGGUCAAUGUCAAUUGUUGAGACACGAGAAUUCAUCUCAUCUUGGUCUGACCAUCUGGCGCAAAGACCAUCAUCUGUGUAGUCAAGGCUAGUCAACAGUGAAUUUAGGAGCAUAUGGGUGAAGCGCGACAUAAGGGAAAUCGAAGACGAUAUCAUUUGUUAGGUGAGCAGAUGGUUCUUGCGAUCAAAAGAUAGAACCAUGGUUUGGAUCUUUCCAUCGACAUGAGAUUAAAGGUGGCGGCCAGGAAAAGGAAUUAACGAUAGCAACGUGAGAUGUCAGAGAGCACAAAGAGAAGUUAGGAGUAAGGAAAACAUGACAAACAAAGAUUUGGGAAAUUCUUACACGGUUGUGUGGUAUAUACAUGUCCAAUAUAAUUAAUUUUAAUACGUAAUUUAAAGUUAAAAGAGUUUUCAUAAAAAAAAAUUUAACAUUUUAUUGAUUGGGUGUAUAAAUUAAUUUAUAUGUCUUGAGUAAAUUUUUUAAGUAGUUUUAAGAAAUUUUUUUCUUUUUAACAUAUAAUUAAAUUGAAAAAGGAAACAAAAUACUAGUCUGAUUCGAAUAAUUUAUAUUGAAAAUUAAAUUAAUUUUUUUAGUUAAAAUUAUAUUCUGCUCAAUUUCAGUAUAAAAGUUAAGUUACUUAAAAUAUUAUAAAAUUAAGGAAUAGAGUUUUUUUUUUUUUUUCGGGUGAAAAUGUUAGUGUGAGGUUAUGGUAAUGAAAAGGAAAUGGCGAAAGUGGGUGCGUAAAGAGAAAGGAAGCUGGAUGAACCACCCCCAAUUUGCUGGCGACAAAUGCGGGAGCGGUUGGUUCCAUGAUGAGAUAUCAUCAACCAUCACAAAUCAGAAAAACAUGAUGUUUUCUUCUUCUUUUUUUAAGCAUUUUCAACUCUAAUUAAUUUCUAUUCUCAAACAAAAAAAUAAUAAUAAUCCAAAGUUAAGUAAUUUUGCAGCUAUGGAUAUUGUUAAAAUUCAAAAUAUUAUAUGCGAGAAAAAAAACAUAACAAGAUUAAAUGAGAUUUUUUAAUUAAUUGGAAUUUAAUUUUGUUGCAAAAUUAUUCAUAUAGCGACAAAGUCAUGUUUGUUUACAUAUCUUAUAACUAACCUUAUUUUGAUCUUAUAAGCUAAAAAAUAAGCUAAUAUUACGAGUUUACCAUUUUAGUAUCUAUAAGUACUGAUCUUAUAAAUUAAUAUAUGUUUUAAAUAUUUACUAUAUUCUAUUUGUUUAAUUUUAAAAUUUUAAAUUUAUUUUAUAAAUUAUGCUAAUUUUCAUAAAUUAUUGCAAGCACUCUUAAUUUAAUUUAUGAAAGUUAAAUCCUUAAAAUAGCUCCAGAAGUAAAGGGGAAAAAAUGAAGAUGACUGAAAUUACUAAAUUAAGGAAUAUAAAUUAUGAAGAACAUAAGUUUGAAACAGACCGAAAAUGGAGUAGAAAACAGAAUCUACAAAACAAGACAGAACUCUUUACUCAUCCAGGUAAUGUACGUAGAUCAGCUCAUGCAAGUUGACUCUUGAUACCUAAAAAGAUUUCUACUUCUAUUUUUUAAUUUUAUAUUCUGCUUUCGAAGUCUCUCAACAUUUUGCUUUGUUUCACCUGUCCCCAUUAUACAUAUAUAAUCAUCUCUGCCUUCAACCUUUUCCAUGUCCUCUCUCUCUCUCUCUCUCUCUCUCUCUCUCUCUCUCUCUCUCUAUAUAUAUAUAUAUAUAUAUAUAUAUAUAUAUCUUUCAUCUUUUUAGUUGCUUACAGUUUUCUAGUUCCAGAAAUAUUUGUUUUUUCUUCCACCGUUAUCGAUUUUCUGGGCAUCUCUUUUUCUACUCCUUAAUGUUUUUCUUGCAUAAAUCUCAGUAAAGAUUGUUCUUUGGAGUUGAAAAGGUCUUUGAUUUUCUGGUUCUGGUGAUUUUGGGAGAUGGGAAAUUUCAUGUAUCAAUUAGGUAGCUGAAUUUUUUGCUGGGUUUGGUGGAGGCCGCACAAGGGGGAAAAAUGAAGGAUUUUGCUGGGACUCCAGGGACAUUGACUGCUCUUGCUUUGAGGAUUUCACAGUGUAUUUUUGCAGCCGGCUCAAUCACUGCCAUGGCCACCACGACCAACUUCUUCAAUUUCACUGCUUUCUGCUACCUCAUAGCUUCAAUGGGUUUGCAAGUUAUAUGGAGCUUUGGACUUGCAUUAAUAGAUGCAUAUGCCUUGAUGAAGAAGAAGGUCCUCCACAAUUCUAUCUUGGUCAGCCUUUUCGUAGUGGGAGAUUGGGUAACAGCACUGCUGUCUCUUGCAGCAGCUUCUGCGUCGGCAGGCAUCACAGUGCUACUGUUUCAUGACAUCGGACCUUGUACUUAUUUGAGCGAAUGUGAGAAGUACCAAAUGUCAGUUGCAUUAGCCUUUUUGAGCUGGAUAAGCAUUGCAAUAUCAUCUCUAAUUAUGCUAUGGCUACUGGCUGCAGGUUAGAAAAUUCCUUCAAUGUACUAAUGGCUGCCAUAGAAAUUUUCGUCAUUCUACAAUGUCAAUACAAAACAAAAAGAACAAGAAUAGCAUAACCAUAUUCCACAUUUUCAUUCAUUAGGAUUAUUUCUUUUUUUUUUUUUUCAA